AUGGACACGACGUUUCACACUCUGCCCUCUGCGACUUCUCUCUCCGCGUCGGUCCUCACCUUCCUCGACGACAAACUCUGCCGCAGAGACCAACUCGAACGAGCCUCCGAUAUUUCGUCGGAGCUCGAGAUUCGUUGUGGGGAUUUGGACCGGAGCCUCCUAGAUCUCAAUCAUCGCCUCCAAGACGGCUUCGUUGCUUACACUUCUUACUCUGAUCGAAUCGGCAGUCUCUUCGGCCACAUCAAUUCCGGACUCACAGAUCUCCGGUUGUCUUCUCGCAUUUCUGGUUUGCCAUCAGAUGGGAGAGAGGGAUUGGAGAGGUCAGAGAAGGUACUCGGAGAGGAGCUGCCGUCGCUUGCCAAGAAAGUGGCUAGGGUUGAAACGGUUCGAAAAUAUGCUGAGACAGCAUUAAAGCUUGACACUUUGGUUGGCGAUAUUGAGGAUGCAGUGUCUUCCACAGUAAGCAGAAAUCUAAGGAAAUGUCCUGGACAUAAUUCAGAAGAUACACGGCUACUUGCUAUUAGAGCACUCAAAUUGACUGAAGAUGUUCUAGCCUCAGUUAUGAAGACACAUCCUCAGUGGGCAUGUCUUGUUUUAGCUGUUGAUCACAGAGUAGAUCGAGCUUUAGCCAUUCUGAGACCCCAGGCAAUUGCAGACCACAGGGCCCUUCUUGCUUCUCUUGGAUGGCCACCACGAUUAUCCACAUUGAAUUCCUCGGAUUCUGAUCCAAGGAAACCAACUGAAGUGCAAAAUCCUCUUUUCACAAUGCAAGGAGACCUCAAACAACAGUAUGGUGAAAAUUUUAUUGCACUAUGCAGCCUGCAGGAGCUACAAAGACGGAGAAAAUCUCGGCAACUAGAGGGACAUAAUAGGGAAGUUGCUUUACACCAGCCACUUUGGGCUAUUGAAGAGCUGGUGAACCCUAUAGCCAUUGCAUCCCAACACCAUUUUUCAAAGUGGGUUGAUAAGCCUGAAUUCGUUUUUGCUCUUGUAUAUAAGAUUACUAGGGAUUAUGUUGACUCGAUGGAUGAGUUAUUGCAGCCACUGGUUGAUGAAGCAAUGCUAUCCGGUUACAGUUGCAGGGAAGAAUGGAUUUCAUCAAUGGUUUCCUCCCUGUCAACAUAUUUGGCGAAGGAGAUAUUUCCUAUUUAUGUUGGUCAACUUGAGGAAGGGAGCAUCCCUGGUGUUCCAUCGCAGGGUAGAAUAUCUUGGCUCCAUCUUGUUGACUUGAUGAUCACCUUUGACAAAAGAGUACAGUCUCUAGUAGCACAGUCGGGAAUCAUGUCUUCCCUCCAAGAUGGAAACCUGCAGAAAAUUUCUUCUCUAUCUGUAUUCUGUGAUAGACCCUAUUGGCUUGAUUUGUGGGCACAGAUGGAGCUUACAGACGUGUUGGAUAAGUUAAAGCCUGAAAUGGAGGAUGAGAGAAGCUGGUCAACCAAAGUUGAGGGAGGAGUUCUCUCAGGUCCAGAAGAUUAUAAAUCUCCUGCUAUUUCUAAUGCUUUUCUUAGGCGCUUAUCAGCUGUGGUUGAUCGCUCCCGUUCACUUCCAACCAUUUCAUUGAGGUCAAGGUUUGUCCAGCUGGCAGGCAUUCCCUUUGUACAAAAAUUUUUAGAUUACUUGCUUCUCAGAUGUCUUGAAGCGGAGGGGCUGACAGCCCUGACAGAUGACAAUGCUCUGAUGAAAGUUGCAAAAUCCAUCAAUGCUGCUCGCUAUUGUCAGUCUGUUCUGAAGGAAUGGUGUGAAGAUAUCUUCUUUCUGGAGAUGGGAUUGAAUCAUGGUGAUCAACUAGGCAUUUCUGCCACUGAGAGUGAUUUUACUGGAGAGCCAGUGGAAGGACCUUCAACUGGAAUAUUUGACAAGGAAAUCUGGUUUCUGGAAGCGUUCAUGACAGAAUGGGUUGAGAAGUUAUCCACAGUUGUUUUUAGAGGUUUUGAUGCUCACUGUCGAGAUUAUAUGAAGAACAAGAAGCAGUGGCAAGAAAAGGGUGAAGAAGGUUGGACAGUAUCCAAACAUUUCAUUGCAGCACUAGAUUAUCUGCAAGGAAAAAUGUCAGUUUUGGAAGAGGGUUUGAACGGGGUGGAUUUUGUUGGGGUAUGGAGAAGUUUAGCAAUUGCUUUGGACCGUUGGCUUUUUAACGGUAUCCUUGUGAGCAAUAUAAAGUUUCAUGAUAGGGGUGUCGAGCGACUUUCUAGUGAUUUGGCUGUUUUAUUCGGGGUGUUCGGGGCUUGGUGUUUGAGGCCUGAAGGCUUCUUCCCCAAAGUCAGCGAGGGCUUGAAGUUGCUGAAAUUGGGUGAAAAGCAACUCGGAAAUAGCUUCACAGGAGGGGAGAGAUGGUUAAAGGAGAAUGGUAUAAGGCAUUUGACUGUCAACGAGGCAGAAAAGAUUGUAAAGAAUAGGGUAUAUAUCAAGUGAAAAGGUCAUAGUAGAACACUUCGUGGACAUAAACUAAUCAAACUCGGAGAAAUUAAGGAAUUUAGGCCAGACGUGUCGCAGCUGGAGGAUUUCACCAGAAUUUUCUCUGAAUUCCAGGACUAACCAACCCGAUUGUUUUUUUUUUUUUUUUUUGUGCCACAAUAAUAGUCGAUACAGUGGUAGAAAUAUGGUCUUUUCCAAGCGAUUUUCGCAAGCUUUUCUCAUCCCGGAAUCCUCUGUAUGAUCUGCUGCUCAACCACCUUGGACUUUCUUCUAGCCACGGGACUCUAAGAACAGCAUGGCUUCAAGUUGAAUUUCACUGGGAUUAAGCUGCACUAUUAGGAGAGCCACUGCGACCCUGCAUUCAUGAACCAGUUGAGCUGGCUGUCUCCAUGGCAAACUUGUAGGUUUCAUUUACUUGCGCUUGUACUUAAGUUUUGCACAUUAUUUAGUUAUGAUUUUACUUUUCUAGACCUUGUAUUUAUAGAUCGUUUCAUUUAAUUCUUUCCAUUGA